AUGAUCGUCAACAGUGACAAGGAGUUGCGUGAUGCACUCAGUCAAUCCAAGGGAAAACUCAAACUCCAUACGACUUUGACCGAUGGCAAAGUGAUAUCUGCAACGGAAAUCGCUGGACGACAAAUGCGAUCCCAUAGUGUGCCGCCAGCAGUGGAUCGAGGAUAUCAGUCCUACCCACCAGCAAACUCUCGUUCUCCAUCAUCUAUAGACUCAGCUACAACAUCCUUCCGUAAUCGAACACUAUCUCCACCGCCCACACCAUUAACAACUCAUCAGAAACAACCACCACUACCACUUGGCCCAGGAAUACAGAUGAAACCACCGGGCUAUGGAUACAGCUAUUCAACCUAUGGACCGUACUCCCAGAAUCUUGUUUAUGGAAUGCCACCACAUAGUGGAAUGUUGCUGAGUACCUUUUGCAGAUUCCUGGAAAGCCCAUUCCCAUUCGACUAUCAUCGAAGUUUCGUUGGACCAAACAAGUAUCAUCAUUUCGGAGGUCCAUGGGGUGGAUACAAAAACUAUUCCGGAUGGGGAUCAGUUUGGUAA